UAUCAGUAUAUAUAUAUAUAGUGGGUGACAGAAAUUGAUAUGAACAUUUCAAUCUCAAUACAGGAGAACAAUUCUACAAAGUAACUUGCCUGCAUAUGUAUCUGAUACAACUUUGAUAGAUAGUGUUAAUUGUUAUUUAAUAUAAUAUUAUUAGUGUUAAUGUAUUAUUUGUUUUUAACCUAUAGUCAUAAAAAAAUCUUAAUUUCAAGUAAAUUAUUGAUGACAUUAAUUUUUAAUCUUUAAAGAUAAUAUAUAAUUAUGGGCGAAUCAUGCAAAGAACAACAUCUUGACAUAACAAUUGAUGAGAAUGAAAUUGUUGAUGGUGCUAAAGAAAUAAUUAAAAAAAUCAGACCAACAUGGCCUUUGGACAAAUUACAUUUUAAGAUAUUUACAGAUGGAAUCACAAAUAAACUUAUAGGAGUAUGGUAUUCUGAGCAUUAUAAUGAGAUGGUAUUAGUUAGAGUUUAUGGACAUAAGACAGAUUUGCUCAUUAAUAGAAAAGAUGAAACAAGAAAUAUUCGAAUAUUAAACAAAGUAGGUUUUACACAUUCCAUUUAUGCUACAUUCAAUAAUGGUUUAGCCUAUCAGUUUAUUGAAGGUAAUAUACUUACAAUAGAAACAGUCAGAAACCCUGAUAUAUAUGUAUUAAUUGCUAAAAGAAUGGCUCAAAUGCAUAGACUCAAACCUGAUAUUGAAAUGUCCAAAGAAGUUUGUAUUUGGAAAAAGUUAGAAAAAUUUAUGGAAAUUAUGCCAAAACAAUUUUCAAAUAUUACCAAACAAGCAAGGUUUGAAAAACUCAUAAAACCAUUUGUUGUUUUAAAGCAAGAUUAUGAAAUAUUAAAAAAAGAACUGAUAAAUUUGAAUAACGAAAUAGUGUUUGCUCAUAAUGAUUUACUUUUGGCAAACGUACUUUACAAUGAGAAGGAAAACUCAGUAACAUUUAUUGAUUUUGAAUAUACAGGAUAUAAUUAUCAAGCUUUUGAUAUAGCUAACCAUUUUGCUGAAUUUGCUGGUAUUGAUAAUCCUGAUUAUUCAUUGUAUCCUAAAGAACAAUUACAGAAGGCAUGGUUAAAUAUAUAUCUUCAGGAAUAUAAUAAUGUAAAAUGUGUAUUUGAAAAUGAAAUUAAUUUACUGUAUUUACAAGUAAAUAAAUUUGUUCUUUUAUCACAUUUUUUUUGGGGUUGUUGGGGACUCAUACAAAGUGAACAUUCAACAAUUGAUUUUGACUUUUUAGAGUAUGCUGCAAUUAGAUUUAAUGAAUAUUUCAAAUGGAAAGAAGAAUAUCUUAACAUGAAAUUAUAAAAUCAAAUAUACUUGUUACAUAUUAUUAUUGUACUGCUAUGGAAUUAGCAUUCCAAUAUUUUUAUUAUUUUAUUGUUUAUUGUAAAUAACAUUCCUGUAGAUAUAUUGUGAUAGUUUCUUUUAAUCUGUUAUAUAACAAUUGAAAAUUUU